AUGGCAUGUAGCUUUUCUCUUCACAUAAUAAGCGUGCGCAGUCUUCCGAGCGAGGCCGUUCGGGCUGUGCUUGAGGUGAUCGUUCGGACGCCACGCUUUCUGAGCACGUCAAAGCAGAAGUACGCAUCGGAGCCGUUCAGCGUACAAUCGGCGCGAGGCGUGUCGUUGAAUUGGACGCAAACAAAGUCAGCCAAGCCUUCGUCUCUCUUGACCAACCUCUGGCCGGCCAUCACACUGCACGACUCACUCUUAAGACGUUACAUCUCACACAGCCCGUUGCGCCCCUCAGCCAUUGUAAUAAUGCAACAUGCAUUGGACCAGUCUCUUCCACCUCCACACUCCCAUACUCCCAUUACCAUACCUUUGCCCGCCACGCUCCGGGACCAGGCAUAUGUAAGACUGCUACUGCUGCCGGAGGAGGCCUCGCCGGAGGCCGAUGCAGCCGCCGCAGAAGCAGAAGUAGGAGCAGCAGCAGGUAGCCUAUCGACGGCGGCGAUGACGGCGACCGGAGGCGCUGUAGCUGGUGUGCCGCCGUCGCCAAUGGUGGCGGCCGCGGCCACGUCAGCGUUCGCGCGAGGGCCGGCAGUAGCAGUAUCCGGGGGCCCUAGCUACCAGAGGGUUCUUAAGAGCUCUGAGGCGCUCCUGCAGCUGCUAAGUGGAGAGCAGCAGCAGCAACAGGGGAUGCGAGGGAUGCAUCCACCGCCGGGGGCAGCGGCGGCGGCGCAGGUUCAGCAGCUGACGCUGGUGUUUGAGCCGACGGAAGCGGGGCCGACUGGAGUUGGGGAUCAGAGCAGCGGAGCCGACGGAGCUCCGGCGGCAGCGGCGACAGCGGUGGAUCUGGAUCUUGUCGUACUUGCUGUCGGCAAGGGCGGCGCCGACGGCCUCGGCGCCAUCACUGCCAUAGCGCCAGCGACGGCGGCGGCGGCGGCGGGGGCUAGUUGUUCGUCUACGCCGUGGGCCUGGUCGGAGGUGAUGUCUCCCCCGGCGGCGCCGCCGCCGCACACGCCGCCGAGGGCGCCCCGGAAGCGUUCUUGGCUGUCGGCGCUGGGACUGGGCCGUCAAGUUCAAACCGCCAGCGGCGGUGCUGCUGCCGCCACCAUCGCCGCCCCUUCAGCGGCUGUUAACGGCGGCGCAGCCGCCGGAGAACAAGGCAACCGAGCUGGCGUUUGGUGCGAUCCAGCGGCGCCAGCGGCAGGCGGCGGCGGCGGCGACGAUAUGGUAGUUGGUGUGGCAGCUUUGGGUGAAUCCAGCAGCCUUGCCACAUGCGCCUGGGACCCCGUGGCUGUGCUUUCAUCAGCGACAACGACCGCAACCGUCACAACGACAACUGUGGCAACCGUUGCAACUGUGUCAUCGUCGUCGCAAGCCGGGCACGGCAACGCGCCUGCCGCAAUGUCGCACAGGUUCCAGGAGGCCGCUGGGGAAUCCGCGCAAUGGGCCGCACCGCCGCCACCGCCAGCGGCGAGCCAUGAGAGACAGCCCCGUACGGCAACGCUGGAAGCCGCCAGAAGCCUUCCGGGUUGUGCUACGGCGGCGGCGGCGGCAUUGUCGCCUUUUUCAACUUUGGCCCUGGCUUCGGCGGCGGCGCCGACCGUCCAAGUUGUGGAUCUGCCAAUGCUCGAUACGGCAGUCGCCGCCGGCGCCGCUCUACCGGCGCCGCCGCAAUUACCGCACAGCGCAGCAGCCAUGGCGACGGCCUCAACGGGUUGUCCUGCACCCCAGGCUCCGAAACGCCGCCGCCUGGGGGACUUCUUCGCGCGUUUGUUCCAACCCUCGUCGUCGGACAACCAAGUACGGCGGAUCACGGCCACUGAGGACAGCGCCAGCAGCGUCGGAGCUGCUGGCGGCGUUAUGAACGGUACGGCAACGUUGGCGGCGAUGCUGCCGCCACCAGCGCCCCUCGCUUCGCCGCUGCUUCGGCGGCUCAGUACUCCUGUCGGGCUGACGCUGCUGCCGCCGCCGAGCCCGCGACUUGGUGACGUGUAUCGGGUGCAGGACAACGCCCUGGCGUCUGACACUGCCGUACAGAUAGGUUUCCCUAGCGUCGGUGACGCUGCCGCAGCCGCCACGGCGACGCCGGCGCAGGCUGCCGACCAAUUUCCGCCGGGGCUAGAGUCGCCGGGGUACGGCGAGUUGUCGCCCGCCGGUGGCCCUGACAGGUUAACCAUCCCGCCGCCUGUGGAGAGCAUGGCUGCGGCCAGCCUUGCCAGUCCACGGGCAACGUCGCCAGCGGCGCAGAUGAGCGGCUGCUUCUUCUGGCGGUACGGCGCGGCGGCUCGCGCACGCGUGGCAGCGGCGGCGGCAGCCGACGCCGACGCUGACGUUGCCAUGCCGCCGCCGCCGCCUCCAGGCGCCGGCUGCCUCGGCCGCGCCGGCUCUGCGCCGGCCCUCCCCGCCGCGGCGGCGGCGGCUGCCGCCGGGAACGCCGCCGCCGGCCGCCAGCUGAACACGCUGUCGGCAGGAGACGCGCUUCCAGCCGAUACUCCGUCGUACACUUCCGGCACCGGUUGCCGUACAGGAGAUCAGAUACUCAACCAGGUCCAACCGACACCUAACCGCCCUGAGGGCGGUCACUGCAGUCAAAAAACAAUACGGCAUCAAACUCAAGGCAGCGCCGCCGCCGCCGCCGCCGCCCCCUGGAGCGAUCCUCUCGGCGGGGAGAUUUCCCGGGUGAUCGAGUUUGUGAACGCGCAGAAGGGUCUGGAAGAGGAGACUCGGGCUCUGGCGCUUAGCCAGUGCCAGUUUCUGUUGGACUGCCUACGAAGCUCGGAAAUGUGCUGGCUAGUGGGGGACAGCCUGCUGCAACUGAAGCGUGAGGUGGGGUUUCCCUUCGACACAGGAGUACCCAUCGCCGGCGCCCCCGGCUGGUUUCGGCUCGUGCUUCAGCACGCCACGACGUCAGCGGCGGCUGUGGCGGCGGCGGUGCCAUCAGCUGGUAGCGGCACCGCCGCCGCCGCCGCCACAACUCCGCCUGCGGCGGCGGCGGAGGUCCUGAAGGUUCGUUGGGCGUGUAUUGACCAAGGAGUGGUCGGGGGCACCAAUGCCUGUGCCGCCAUCUGUCUGGAGGUGGCGGCGUGGUGCUUGGGUGCCGUACAACGCUGGCGUGAAGCAUCAUCAUCAUCCGGAUCCCCUGGCCUGGCUGGAGGCGGAGGCGGCGGUAGCGGCCGCAGGGAUCUGGCGCCGGCGCUAUCACGUUCCCAGUGGGACCGGCUGGCGGCAUCAGUCGAGUUGGAAGCGAUGUGCGGCGCCUCCCUAGAGCAGUGCAUCAGGUCGGGUACGGAAGUAUGGCAGGCCGUGCUCGUACAAUCACCGGCGUCGCGCGUCGCAACCAGUACCGGCGACUUUGAUUUGGAACAUAUGCUGCAGUUGGGCGGCUACAGCUUGCGGCUACGGCUGGCAGAUUACUCGGCGGCGUCGCUGCUGGAGGACGGCGGCGUGAGCGGCGACGGCGGCGGCGGCUGCUCCGCCGCCGUCGCACCGGAGCUGCAACCACCGCCGGCGGCUUUGGCGGAUGUGGCGGGGCUUUCCGGAUCUGAGAAUUCCCCUCCGCCGCCGCCGCCGCCACUGGCGGUCCCGCCAGAUGGCGAUCUAACAGGUGACGAGGCUGGAUGGGGUCCGGCGGCGCCGCCGCCGCCAUCCACUCGCAGUCUCCGCACUGGGCCACAAGGCGGGCUGCCGACGUUCGCGGCCCUGGUCCGGAGCCUCGCGCAGGGCGUCUACGUCUUGGGGUGGCGCGGCCACUUUGCGACGCUGUGGUUACGUCCCGGCCGUGUCGUACACCUGAUCGACUCGCUUGGCGCACGACUGGCGGCGGACUGUCCUCUGGCAUUCGUGCUCGAGUUCGACACGCCAGCCGAGUUUUUGGAGUUUUUCCUUGCUCGUCACCAGGCCCGGCGCGAUGAUGCCGCCGACGACGACAUUUCCGGAGCAAACUUGGCGGCUCUGAUUGAAGUGCACCGUUUGGAGCUCCUACAGCCGGCGGCGGCGACGGCGACGGCAACGUUGUAGUGACGCUGUUAGUACGGCCAUAAUAUGAAUAAGCGUUUCGGAGGAUAUAUAAGCGUUUUGGGUGCUGAGAGUUGAUGCUGCAUCUACGGGCGGGUGAUCCUGAACAAAACGGAAGAGCGCUCUCGCAAAUUUUGAUGUUUGAACGCACGCGGUCAUAAAUUUUCUUUCCAGCUCGAUGAUUGGUUGACCGUGCCGUAGAGGACGACACAUACUUACAUUCAUACAUACAUACACAGUGUGACGCGCGCAAGUGGCUAGAAGUUGCGCAUCAUGAGGUCGGACCAUAAGAGCAUAAGUGCUGUUUUCGGACAUGUUGCUGGGAGUGGCGCGUGUGCGGCGUUGUGGGACUCUGCGGGCUGGGUGGCUCUUGUGGCUGGCUAUGGAUUGUAUGUUGUGGUAAUGGUGGGUAUGCUGUUGCUGGUGCCUCGCCAUGCCUCUUUCUGUACUAUUGCUGCUGCUGCUGCUGCUGCUGUACUAUGAUGCUGAUCCGGCAUAGCGCUUCAGUCUCUGCUGGUGUAGGAGGAGGACAUCAAGGCCCUCCAACCCGUCAGGUGUGUUACUCUUGCGUCACAAACGUAUCGAAAUCAACUGCACAUUUUGGUCAAAGCUUUUUUGCGUCCGGGACAUCACACACGACUGCAUGGAGUGGGGAUUGUU